AUGACUGCAGCUCCCGGAGCCCACCACGCCAUCCGCCGAGGGGCGGCCGCGUGGGCCGAUGGGCUCGUCUGCCUCGGCCGCACGCGCGCUGCAACGAGCAACAUAGGUUUCGCAUCGGGUCGACGAUAUGCUUCCUCCUCGUCAACAGGGAAGCGGCCGCGGACGGCGCUCUUCUUCCCAGGCCAAGGAGUGCAAAAGGUUGGCAUGAUAACGCCAUGGCUCGAGGCCUUCCCGCGGACGGCGAAGCCCAUCAUCGAGGAGAUCGACCAUUACAUGGGCUACAAGCUCUCCGAUAUCAUCGCCGAGGGCCCCAGCAAGCUGCUGACUAGGACGCCCAACGCGCAGCCGGCCAUCAUGGCGACCUCGAUUCUUAUCCUCCGCAUCCUCGAGCGCGAGUUCAACUUCGACGUCUCCCAGCGAGUCGACGUCACGCUGGGUCACUCGCUCGGCGAGUUCGCCGCGCUGGUGGCCGGCGGCUACCUCGAGUUCGAGGACAGCCUGUACCUGGUGCGGAAGCGGGCCGAGGCAAUGGCGGAAGCGACGCGGCGCGCUGUCGAGGAGUACGGCGGCGAGUACGGCAUGGUGGCCAUCGUUACGGAACCCGAGUACCUAGGCCCGCUGAUCGCGGCGAUCCACGACUUUGUGGGCCACUCAAGCGCCGGGUCCAAGAGCGAAAGCUCCGAGGAUGUGCCGCCCAUUGAGCAAGUGCUGAUCGCUAAUAUCAACAGCAAGAACCAAAUCGUGUUGAGCGGCAACAUUGAGCGCAUCAAGACCCUCUCGGCGCACGUGCGGCAGUUCCUCGGCCACGACCCCCGCGCCGUGAGGCUAAACAGCGACAGCCCGUUCCACAGCCCGCUCAUGAAGCCCGCCGUCGGGGUGAUGAAGAAUAUUUUGUCGAAAAAGAGCCGCGUCAAGGGGCGUGAAGGGGAAGACAUUAUCACAUUCCCCGGGAGGUUACCGUGCGUGAGCAACGUGAGCGCGCGGCCGUUCGAGAGUAAAGCGGAUGUCAAGGACCUCCUGGCGCGGCAGUGUCUGGAGACGGUGCGGUGGUGGGAUAGCAUCAAGUACCUCGACCAAGAAGAGAAGGUGAGACGGUGGAUUGGCAUCGGGCCCGGCAAGGUCGGGCGGAAUCUGGUCGGCAAAGAGGUGGGAAUGAGGGGCAAGGACUCAGUCAAGGGCGGCGGCGUCUGGGGCAUCACGGACCCGAGCGAGAUCGAGGAGAUGCUAAGGGGGUUGGAGGACACGGAGAGGGUGACAGAGGAGGAGAUUGCCUGA